UGUAUUCAAACAAGAGCGCCUGUCAAGACAUUUUAAACACACAAACGUUCUUGUGUGCCAUUUAAAGAAAUCAGACGAAUCACUUGCGGAAAAAUUGGCGGAAGGCGCCCACAGAAUUGUCGUGAUAAUUUCGGGGACAAACAAAAUUCUGUGUAUAUAUCACACAAACUUCAGAUGCAUCCGUAAAUUGCAGUUAAGUCUGGAGCUUGCCCAGUGGGUCUUUUUCUUCAUCGAAACAAAAAGGAUGUUUUUGUAAAAUGGACGACCGUGUUGUUAUCAACGUCAGCGGAAUGACAUUUGAAACGAAAGAGGGGACAUUGAACCGUUUUCCAGACACGCUUCUUGGAAGUCCGUCGAGAAGGCAGCAGUACUAUAACCCUGUAGUACAGGAAUAUUUCUUUAAUCGUCACCGAGUGGCAUUCGAAUCAAUUUUAUUUUAUUACCAGUCUGGAGGACGACUUAUUUGGCCUGACGAUAUUCCUGCCAGCGUUUUUACGGAAGAAGUUGAAUUUUUCCAGUUAGGGGAACAAGCUUUGAAGAGUGUUGCAAGGUGUUUGUAUCAAAAUCGUCGUGCGCAACACGCUGAGCCACCGCAAUGGACAUUUCAACGCCGAGUUUGGAAUUUAUUCGAACAUCCCGACACCUCGAAUUUUGCCAGGGCUAUUGCGUUAUUCUCAGUACUCAUGAUCGCUACCUCCGUGCUUAUCUCAUGCCUUGAGACCUUGUGCCAAUUUAAAGGAUGCUGCACCGAGAAUAAGGAAUUGAUAGACGACAGCAGUAACGCAACGUUAAACAGCGAAAAAACUGAUCUGCCAAGCAAAGAACAGAAAAUUUGUACCCACGAAACUCCGGAAGUGUUCAUAGCCCUCGAAACGACUUGCUAUUCAUGGUUUUUACUUGAAUAUAUAGUACGCUUUGCGGCGGCACCAAAUCGACUGGAGUUUCUUCUAUCGCCUUUGAACUUUGUGGAUUUGAUAGCUAUUAUACCUUUUUUUACUAUUAUGAUCGGUGGGAAUCGCCGACUAGUGUCUUUGGCGGUUCCCCGAAUCGCUCGUCUUCUGAGAAUAUUUCGCAUUUUAAAACUAACUCGAUAUUCGAACGGACUGAAAAUUAUGAUGUAUACUUUACGCGCGAGCCUUAAUGAGCUAGAGAUGAUGAUAUUAUUUAUGUUUAUGAUAGUGAUUCUUUCCUCGAGUGCCGUUUUUUACACAGAUCUCGGAAUAGAUGGAAGCCAUUUUUCCAGCAUUCCUGACGCAUUCUGGUGGAGUGUUACGACAGUGAGUACCGUUGGAUACGGAGAUUAUUACCCCAUGACAAGUUUUGGAAAAGUUGUUGGGGGCAUUUGUGCUGUGUUUGGCGUUCUGGCGUUUUCUUUACCAGUCAUGGCCUUCGCGAAAAAUUUCAACGCUUAUCUGAAAGGCGAGCCGAUUCGUAGACAUAUCGAGAGUAAAACUAGACGCACUCCAGGGAAGCGCAAAACAAAUGACUUAUCUUCCUAACGGUGGAAAACACUUCCGUGUACGUACAUUUUAAAAGAAAGAAAAUUCUUUUUCAUCGCCAUGUAGAUGUUUUGGAACACCAAUCCGCUAACGCCAAAUUUUGUCAGUGGUAAAGUCGAUUGAUUUACCAUUAAAAAAAAUUGAGGUGAGAAGUCGGUUUUAAUUUUGAAUUUCAAAUCCGUCUAUGCGUCGAAACAAAACAAUGGAACGAAGAUUAAUUUCAUCCACGCUACUGAUUCACCUUAGUAUAUCACAGCACAAACGUGUUUACGAAAGCAGUUUCUUCCUACGAAAUAUUAAAAUUAGUUUCUUGAAUCAUUUGCUUUGUGUUUUUACUAUUGUUAUGACCCGCUCCAAAGGGCCAUGUCAAAAAUUUUACUCCAAGAGGCAAGGUUGUGUUUGUAAAACAAUUCGAUUGUGAAGAGCUAAACACGGUUACGUGUCAGUAAAAUUGAAAAGGGACCUGCUGCUUUUAAUUAUAACAAAGAGGCGUUCUUUGGGUAAAAUACUGAGAGCUUAGCCUCAGACCAUCUCAACGCCGCGACAAGAUGCCGGUGAUGCGUUACUGUACACCUAAUUUACAUUCACUCAGCUUUAAACAGCCACGUUGCAGAAUAGUAUUUUCACAGUACAUGUCAGGCAAAAUGCAUAGCAAGAAUUGAAAUAUAUUGAAAAUU